AUGGCAGCAAAUAAGGGUAGCAGCAACUUGAAGGAGAUAAAGAAUGAGAACGUCGACCUUGAGCGCAUACCGGUUGAGCAAGUAUUCGAACAAUUGCAAAGUUCGAAGGAGGGAUUGACAAGUGCUGAAGCCGACAAGCGGCUUCAAAUCUUUGGCCCAAACAAGUUGGAGGAGAAGAAGGAAAGUAAGCUCCUCAAAUUUUUGGGUUUAAUGUGGAAUCCUCUGUCAUGGGUUAUGGAGUGCGCUGCUAUCAUAGCCAUUGUAUUGGCAAAUGGAGAGGGUAAGCCACCUGAUUGGCAAGAUUUUGUUGGUAUUGCCGUUUUACUGGUGAUCAAUUCGACCAUAAGCUUUAUCGAGGAAAACAAUGCCGGGAAUGCUGCUGUAGCUCUAAUGGCAGGCCUUGCACCAAAGACGAAGGUCCUGAGGGAUGGCAGAUGGAAUGAGCAGGAAGCUGCGAUUCUGGUACCGGGAGAUAUAGUUAGCAUAAAGUUGGGAGAUAUCAUCCCAGCAGACGCUCGAUUGCUCGAAGGAGAUCCCCUCAAGAUCGAUCAAUCUGCACUGACCGGUGAGUCAUUGCCAGUGACAAAGAACCCCGGGGACAAAGUGUUCUCAGGCUCCACCUGCAAACAAGGUGAGAUUGAGGCUGUUGUCAUUGCCACUGGAAUCAACACUUUCUUUGGAAAAGCUGCUCAUCUCGUUGACAGCACAGAGAAAAUGGGCCACUUCCAGAAGGUGUUGACGGCCAUUGGGAACUUCUGCAUAUGUUCCAUUGCGGUGGGCGUGGUAAUAGAGAUAGUCGUAAUGUACCCAAUACAACACCGGAGGUACAGAGAUGGAAUUGACAACCUUUUGGUUCUUCUCAUCGGAGGCAUUCCAAUUGCCAUGCCAACCGUGUUAUCUGUGACUAUGGCAAUUGGAUCGCACAGGUUGUCACAGCAGGGUGCUAUCACCAAGAGGAUGACUGCCAUUGAAGAAAUGGCUGGGAUGGACGUACUGUGUAGUGACAAGACUGGUACUCUUACCUUGAACAAGCUCACAGUUGACAAAAAUCUAAUCGAGGUAUUUGCUAAGGAUUGUGACAAGGAUAUGGUGAUUCUUCUUGGUGCAAGAGCUUCAAGGGUCGAGAAUCAGGAUGCUAUUGAUGCCUGUAUUGUAGGAAUGCUGGCUGAUCCCAAGGAGGCAAGAGCAGGGAUCACUGAAGUGCAUUUCCUUCCCUUUAAUCCGGUGGAAAAGCACACAGCUAAUACAUACAUAGACAGCAAUGGAAAUUGGCAUCGGGCUAGC